AUGAAUGCAGAGCUUAUUAAUCCAUGUGAAUGCACAUAUUGCACUGGAAAAAAGCGAAAAUCUGAAGUUGUUGACGAGCAACCGAGUUCCCCACAAAAAAAUCCUACCAAAUAUGCUAGAACAACUGAUUUCGAAAAGGCUAAAGAUUAUGAUUAUUUUAGUCUUGAUCGAAAUUCAAUUGGCGCAUCACAUCUCUUUUUGAAUACUAAUAUUCAAACCUUGACCACCAAUUUACCAUCUUACUCCCCCGCAUCAACAACAUCAACGUCAUCAUUUACUCAAUUUGAAUUUAACGGCCCAAUCUCUAAUGAAUCCAAUCUGUUUUCGCGAUUUCUCACUUCCCCAACGCCGAUAUUACCUCCAUUAAUACCUAGGAUUCAGUUAAAUGAAUCACCACAUAAAAUUUCGGAUAAAAUGAUUCCUGGAAUUCAAAAUUCCGAUGUUUCCAUGAUUAAUAAAUUUUCUUUGAAAGACAACCUUAUCGUAGAGUUCAAUUUACCACCGAAGAUUCAUCUAUGGUGUAAUGUUGAUCACGAAAAAAAGAAUGAAAACCACGUUACUAUUCUUGGCAAUAACCCUCCGCCUAACAAAGGUAAAGAUCGAGUAAAUUCUGAUCUUGAAGAAAUCGAGAACAGCAAUUCAAUUAAUUGUGAGAACGUUGACUGUUCCCUGGAGGCAAAAUUGGAUCCCAACGAUCCAACAAAACGAUAUUCCUAUUGCUCUUCAAAUUGUUUCUGGCUCGAAUCGAGCAAAUUGGACUCUGUGAGAAUGACUCAAAUCCAAGAAAACGAUCCAGAUUAUUCAACAGUACGAUCAAAAUUCUCAUUUGGACUACCAAACGCGAAAAUUAUCGCGAUAAUUCGACUUCAAAUGCCAAACGAGAUUACACAACGAUAUCAAAACUACUCACAAAACAUAGCUUUGGAAAAGGGAGUCCCAUCAGAAAACGUGAUUCAUCGCAUGUUUCAUGGCACCGUGGCUGCUUGUUUACCUUUAGAUCUCAUAAUUCUUAAUCGUUUAUGCAAGAAAUUUUGUGGAAUGUGUGGAAUUGCAAAAGAAGGAAAUAAAUCUGUUUAUUCGAAACGUCGUGGAAAAAUGUGGUUUGCGAGUAGUUCUCAAGUGUCUUUAGGUUAUUGUGGUCGAAACAAUAUGAAAGCUAUGUUUCUUGUUGAUGUCGUGUCGCCAAAGUGUGACCGAAUUUUGAUUGUUGACAAAGACGAGGCAACACUGCCAAGGUUUCUUAUAAUUUUCCGACACAAACUACAUAACAAAUAUUCGAUUAUAAGAAAACAUCGCCCCCCAAUAAAACGUCCAGUACCAGCGUGA